UGUAGUCCAGCGCCUGAGGGCAGCUGGGUCUGAGAGGCUCCGGAGGACCCGCGAGAGCGGGGCCCAGGCCUCAGAGUUUUUAGUCUCUGAGACUAAAUGGGAAAGAGAAGUCUCCUUUCCGUCCUCCUGGUCACUCAGUCUCUCCAUUUUUGUCUCCUCUGUCUCUAUUAUCCUUACUUCUCCUUUGGUGGUCUUCUGAUGUAUGGACUUGUACAUGAUGAACUGUGAACUUCUAGCCACGUGUAGUGCCCUUGGGUACUUGGAGGGAGACAUUUAUCACAAAGAACCAGAUUGUUUAGAGAGUGUGAAGGAUUUGAUCCGGUACUUGAGGCAUGAAGAUGAGACGAGAGAUGUGCGGCAGCAGCUAGGAGCAUUCCAGAUAAUGCAGAGUGACCUCUUACCCAUUCUUACCCAGCACCACAAGGAUAAGCCUCUCUUUGAUGCUGUUAUCAGACUGAUGGUAAACUUGACACAACCAGCCUUGCUCUGUUUUAGCAGUGUGCCUAAGGAGCCCAGCAUGCGCCACCACUUUAUACAGGUGCUCACUUAUCUACAGGCCUACAAAGAGGCCUUCGCCAAUGAGAAGACUUUUGGAAUCCUCAGUGAAACCUUGUAUGAGCUGCUGCAACUGGGCUGGGAGGAACGACAGGAGGAAGACAACUUGCUGAUUGAGCGGAUCCUACUGCUGGUCAGAAAUAUUCUCCAUGUUCCAGCUGACUUUGACCAAGAGAAGAGGAUCGAUGAUGAUGCCAGUGUCCAUGACCAGCUUCUCUGGGCUAUUCACCUUAGUGGCCUGGAUGACCUUCUCCUCUUUUUGGCCAGCUCACCUGCCGAGCAACAGUGGAGCCUGCAUGUACUAGAGAUUGUCUCCCUUAUGUUUCGUGAUCAGAACCCUGAGCAGCUGGCAGGAGUAGGGCAGGGACGCUUAGCUCAGGAGCGGAGCAUAGAUGUGGCAGAACUGGAGGUGUUGCGCCAACGAGAGAUGGCGGAGAAAAAGACUCGAGCCCUCCAACGAGGCAACAGGCAUUCUCGAUUUGGGGGCUCCUACAUUGUCCAAGGGUUGAAAUCCAUUGGGGAGAGGGACCUCAUCUUUCACAAAGGCCUUCACAAUCUUCGAAACUACAGUUCAGAUUUGGGAAAGCAGCCCCGAAGGGUGCCCAGACGUCGCCGGGCUGCCCAGGAGCUGUCCAUUCAGCGCCGCUCUGCCCUCAAUGUGAGACUCUUCCUCAGAGACUUCUGCUCUGAGUUCCUGGAGAACUGUUAUAACCGGCUUAUGGGUUUGGUAAAGGAUCACCUGCUUCGAGAGAAAGCUCAGCAACAUGAUGAGACCUACUAUAUGUGGGCCUUGGCUUUCUUUAUGGCCUUCAAUCGAGCUGCCUCCUUUCAGCCAGGGUUGGUUUCAGAGACCCUCAGUGUCCGUACCUUCCAUUUCAUUGAGCAGAACCUCACCAACUACUAUGAGAUGAUGCUGACUGACCGCAAGGAAGCCUCCUCCUGGGCACGACGGAUGCACCUGGCUCUCAAAGCCUAUCAGGAACUUCUGGCCACAGUGAAUGAGAUGGACAUGUCUCCAGAAGAGGCUGUGAAAGAGAGCAGCCGCAUCAUCAAGAACAACAUUUUCUAUGUGAUGGAGUAUCGAGAACUAUUCCUGGCACUCUUUCGAAAGUUUGAUGAGAGAUGCCAGCCCCGCUCCUUCCUUCGUGACUUGGUGGAAACCACCCACCUCUUCCUCAAGAUGUUGGAACGGUUUUGUCGGAACCGUGGGAACCUGAUGGUGCAGAACAAACGAAAGAAGAGAAAGAAGAAAAAGAAGGUUCUAGACCAGGCUGUUGCUUCUGGGAAUGUUCCACAUAGCCCAGAGGAGCUGGAGACUAUGUGGCUGAUCCUGGCUGAGCAGCUGCAGUGUUGUACCCAGGAUCCUGAACUCAAUGUAGAAUCCAUGGUUCCCUUUGAUGCGGCCUCAGAAGUGCCAGUGGAAGAGCAGCGAGCAGAAGCCAUGGUGCGGAUACAAGACUGUCUCCUUUCUGGUCGGGCCCCACAGGCCCUGGCUCUAUUGAGAUCUGCCCGAGAAGUGUGGCCAGAAGGAGAUGUAUUUGGCUCUCAAAACAUUUCCCCUGAGGAAGAGAUGCAGUUGCUGAAACAAAUCCUCUCUGCUCCACUGCCCCGACAGCAGGGGCCAGAGGAAAGAGGAAUAGAGGAAGAGGAGGAAGAGGAGGAGGAGGAGGAGGAGUUGCAAGUCGUCCAGGUGUCAGAGAAAGAGUUUAACUUCCUGGACUACCUGAAACGCUUUGCAUGUUCAACUGUUGUGCGAGCCUAUGUAAUGCUGCUUCAGAGCUACCAGCAGAAUAGUGCCCACACUAAUCACUGUGUGGUCAAGAUGCUGCACCGGCUGGCCCAUGAUCUCAAGAUGGAAGCCCUGCUUUUCCAGCUCUCAGUCUUUUGCCUCUUUAAUCGUCUGCUUAGUGACCCUGCUGCUGGAGCCUACAAAGAGCUAGUAACUUUUGCCAAGUACAUUCUGGGCAAGUUCUUUGCACUGGCUGCAGUCAACCAGAAAGCCUUUGUGGAGCUUCUGUUCUGGAAGAACACAGCUGUGGUUCGAGAGAUGACUGAGGGCUAUGGUUCCCUGGAUGACAGGUCUUCCAGUCGCAGAGGCCCUGUGUGGAGUCCUGAGGAAGAAGCUCAGCUUCGAGAAUUAUACCUUGCCCAUAAGGAUGUGGAAGGUCAGGAUGUGGUAGAAGCCAUCUUGGCACACCUGAAUACUGUUCCAAGAACACGAAAGCAGGUCAUCCACCACCUGGUACGGCUGGGACUAGCUGAUAGUGUCAAAGAUUUCCAAAGAAAAGGAACCAAUAUUGUAUUGUGGACAGAAGAUCAGGAGCUGGAGCUGCAACGGCUUUUUGAGGAGUUCCAGGAUUCAGAUGAUGUCCUUGGUCAUAUCAUGAAGAAUAUAACAGCCAAACGCUCACGGGCUCGAAUAGUGGAUAAACUUCUGGCUCUGGGGCUGGUAGCUGAGAGGCGGGAGUUGUACAAGAAACGGAGGAAGAAAUUGGUGCCCUCCAACAUGCCCAAAGAUGAGGGGUCCCUGCAAGAUUUUUGUCAGGAAGAUCUUCAAGAUGAGGAACCCUUGCCAGAGGAAGAGAAUGAGGAGGAUGAAGAGAAAGAGGAAAGCUUGGAUGCAGAACAAGACCAAGGUGGCUCAUUUCUUUCAACUGAAAACCUUGGUCAAGGCCUACAUCAAGAAGGCUUUUCUGCUCCCCUCCUAUGGCUCCACAACUGCCUGAUUCGAGCAGCAGAUGAUCGGGAAGAAGAUGGCUGCUCCCAGGCAGCUCCACUGGUACCACUGACAGAAGAAAAUGAGGAAGCAAUGGAAAAUGAACAGUUUCAGCAGUUACUGUACAAGCUAGGGAUCCGGCCACCUGUCUCUGGUCAGGAAACUUUCUGGCGAAUCCCAGCCAAACUGAGCCCUACUCAGCUCCGGAGAGCGGCAUCUGCUUUGGGUCAACCAGAGAAGGAGGAGAAGCUGCAGCCAGAACUAGAACCAAGAGACCUUGGAGAGCAAGGCUCCAGUGAGGAGCACCAAGCAGAAGCCCUGAGAGCCCUCUUGUUGGCCCGCAAAAAGAAAGUAGACCUUGCGCCCUCAGAGGUAACUUCAGAGGAAGGAACUCCUGGUGGGAAAGAGCAGCUAAAGAUAGCAACCAAGAAGCGACACCUGCUGGACAGUGAUGAGGAACAGGAGGAAGACGAGGGUAGAAGCAAAGCACCAGAGAUGGGAGCGCCAAUACUCCAAAAGAAGAAACGGUUUCUGAUUGAAGAUGAAGAUGAGAGUGACUGAAGAGCCAGAAGCCUAGGGGUAGAGAUAGAUUUGGUUUUAUAUGGUGAAUUCAAGUCAUAAUUUGGAGGUCCCAGAAUCUCCUCUUAUGGACGCAGCAGGGUCACGGACCCUUCCACAGAUUUAGGGCCCAGGCAUUUUUAGGCAGCAAUGUUGGAUGGACCAUUCUGUAGUCAGUCCUUGCUUCUGUCAGCUUUAUUCAGUGUAGCCCAACAGCUCUCUGAAGACUUACUGUUCUGGGAACCAUAUCCUUUGGUGACUAGAGCCCCUUAGCAAAUCGGAGGAGUAAGUGAAUUAUAGAAGGCACCUUGGACCCUCUCGUUGGUCUGUUCCUUUUCCGCUGGAAGUGGACCACAACUUCCAGAUAGGAAGCUUUAGGACAGUGUCUGGGGGUUUCACAUCCUUUUUAGAAGGCAUUGGAUUCCCUUGUUCUCAUUUUCUUUCCAGAGAUUAUUCCCUGAACACCAGAUUGAGCCUAAUUCCUGCCAUUGAGGUAGAAUUGGAUGCAGUGCUUUGAAGAUAAUGAAUAUACUUGAUUUAUGUUUGGUAUUAAAUUAAACAUGUAGAAUUAAAAAUUGUUGAUCUUA